UUUGCCUAAAACAACCCCCUUCAUUUUUUUCUCCUCUCUCGGUUUGUCAAUGAUUUCCUCCUCUGAUUUGCUUUCAAUUUUAUCUCAGAAAAUGGGAGGAAGGACAACUCAAACUGAUUCAGGAAGCAGAUCAUCAAGCUCAUCCAUUUUACAAGAUGAUCAAGAAGGCUUAUCAUCUUCCUCAUCAAAAGCACAGCUACUUUUCAACAACGCGCCAAUUGUCUCAUCCUACAACGACAAAAUUCGCCCUAUGCUUGAUGCCAUUGACAAGCUCCGCAUCCUCAUGGUUAUGGAGGAAGGCAUCCAGCUGCCCACCAUUGUUGUUGUGGGAGACCAGUCAUCUGGCAAAUCCAGUGUUCUUGAAUCCCUUGCCGGCAUCAGCCUGCCGCGUGGACAAGGUAUCUGCACAAGGGUUCCUCUCGUAAUGAGGCUUCAGCACCACUCUGAUCCUCAACCAGAGCUUUCACUGGAGUACAAUGGCAGAGUUGAGCACACUGAUGAGGACAAAGUUUCUGAAGACAUUGUGAAUGCCACUAAUCUGAUUGCAGGACACAAGAAGGGAAUUUCAGACACCCCAUUGACCUUGUUGGUGAAGAAGAAUGGUGUGCCUGAUUUGACCAUGGUUGACCUCCCUGGAAUUACUAGAGUUCCAGUUCAUGGCCAGCCUGAGAAUAUCUAUGAUCAAAUCAAAGAUAUGAUCAUGAAGUAUAUAAAACCAGAUGAGAGCAUCAUUUUGAAUGUUUUAUCUGCUUCUACUGAUUUUAGCACAUGUGAGUCAAUUAGUAUGUCGCGGAGUGUGGACAAAACUGGUGAGAGGACUCUGGCUGUGGUUACAAAGGUUGAUAUGGCACCAGAGGGACUGCUGGAGAAGGUUACAGCUGAUGAUGUGGAUAUUGGUCUUGGCUAUGUCUGUGUAAGGAACCGGAUUCGAGAUGAAACGUAUGAGGAGGCGAGGGCUACUGCGGAUCGAUUAUUUAAAACUCAUCCCCUUCUUUCAAAGAUUGAUAAGUCUAUGGUUGGAAUUCAGGUUUUGGCUGACAAGUUGGUCCAAAUUCAAGCUGCUAGCAUAGCUAGAAACUUGCCUGCUAUUGUAAAGAAGAUCAAUGACAAGCUGAAUUCUUACCUUUCAGAACUCAACAACUUGCCGAAAACUCUGUCAACUGUUGCUGAGGCCAUGGCUACUUUUAUGCAGAUCAUUGGAACAUCCAAAGAAUCACUUAAGAAGAUUCUUUUAAUGGGAGAAUUUGACGAGUUCCCGGAUGACCAACAAGUGCCUUGCACGGCUAGGCUGGUUGAGAUGCUUAAUCAGUGCUCAUAUCAACUUCACGAGCGCAAUGCGAGUGACUCCAAAAGUAAUUUCUUAGUGGAGGAGAUUGCGAUUUUGGAGAAGGCAAAAGGUAUCAACCUUCCCAAUUUUGUUCAGCGCAAUGCUUUUCUUAUAAUUUUGCGGGAAAAAGUGAAGGGGAUUUCAGGCAUACCUCUUGAGUUUGUUGAGAAGGUUUGGAAUUAUAUUGAGAAUGUGGUUUUGUCUGUGUUAAUGAGAAAAACAGAAAAAUAUUAUCAGCUUCAACUGUCUGCCACAAGAGCAUGCCAAAAUCUUAUUCAAAGGAUGAAAGAAAGGUCCAUUCAUUGGAUGACGGAGAUUUUGGAAAUGGAGAAGCUGACUGAUUAUACAUGUAAUCCGGAAUAUGUAUCCGAAUGGCAUAGGCUCAUGACUGAACAAGAAACAUUCAUCACAAAGCUGAGUAUUUCGAACCUUGUGGACAAGGACUUGGGGAUGGAGAUUGUGAGUGAGUUAAUGGGACCUAACCAUGGUGUUGGGUUUGAGAGGAUGAUGGAGGAACAUCCAUCAAUUGCAGUGAAGCGCGAGAAGCUCAUCAAGAGCAUCAAAAAGCUCAAGGAGUCUAAAGAGGUUGUGUGUAAGAUCAUGGAUGGCAUCGUUACUUUUGCCAAUUAACUUAUUGUGUGAUAGAUAUAGCUAAGGAGUAUAGCUAAAUUAUGGUCUGUUUCUUGUUAAUCAAGGCAUUCUGUCAUUUGGUGAUCUGUUUGUACUUAAUUAUGAAGUCUAUGUGUUUGCUUUUCUUUUUA